CUGACCAACGAAAGCGCAGCCUAUCUUCGUCAGUCUCGUGAACUGCAUCAACCCGAACGUCUUAUCAAUGCCAAAAAGCUGCAGUACAAUAUAACUGUAUCGAAAAACUUCUUCGAAUUGGAUAACAAUGAACAGGCAGCAGUGGAGAAACGUCGACUUACUGAAUUUUGUCGUCGCGCCUACAAACGUAUUCAUCAAACUCGUAUAGAGGAACGUAAUGCUAUGAUCUGCCAGCGCGAAAACAGCUUCUACGUUGACACUGUUCGAGCAUUCCGGGACAGGCGUUAUAAGUUCAAGGGUCUUACAAAGGUACCAUAUGGCUAA